AAUUAAAAGCGUACGUCGCCCACCUUGCUUUCCCCUAGGCCCUAGCUGGUGGAGGCCGCACAACACGCUACUGAAAUCCUCCUACCUAAACCCUAAUUUGAUCUGCGGCCUCUCGGUCAUCGAUUCUCAAAGCAAUUCCAAUUCAUGGAGGAAAUCCUCGAUCCAUCGAUUCUCUCUAGGCAAUUCAUGGAGGAAAUCAGGUGUGCUCUGGAGGAAGCACGGGAGGAGCCUGAUCGGAAGUUGAAGACAUUACAGCUCCCGGAGGAGGAGGAGGAGGGUUCCCGAGGCGACACCGUGGAUGAGGAGGAGGAGGAGGAGGAGGAGGAGGAGGAGGGUUCCCGAGGCGACACCGUGGAUGAGGAGGACAGCGACGAUGAGUUUAAGGGUUUCGACGAGAAUGGCGACCUGUGUCUGCCAUUCGUCGUCUCCUGGGAUCCGCCACCAGUACUAGUUUGCACGGCAGGAGCAAGUUUUACGAUGGAGGAAGCAGAAGAAAUAGUUGACUCUGUCAAUGAAAGGAACGAUGACCUGCUCUCAGCAUGGUGUGAAAUGGUUAACAACAAAGUGACUCCUUUGCCUGCAACGCCUCUACAUAUUCUUCCAGCCAUAACCACAUUCUGUGUUUCUGGAUAUGAGUGCUACCACCUGCGAUAUUGGACUGAAAUUACUUCUGAAACUGAUCCAGAUCAUCCAUAUUUCAAACCCUGUGAGAUGAUGCAAGUGUUCUCCUUGGGAUUAUCAAGCCCUCUCACUCAUCCUGUUAAUAUUUAUGGGUAUUUUUCUGUUCGUGAUAACUGGGAACCACUCCGCAAUUAUCUAUUUAAGCGCUCAAGAGCUGAUCCAGCCAUGAUUUCUCAGGGUUGCUCUUUCCUGCCACUCUGCAGCCCAUGUCGUGGAAUAUAUGUGUUGCAAUUUUUCUUAGUAGACAUUGAGCUUUGGAUAAAAGAGGAAGGAGAAGCAUCUGCUGACAAACUGUUGUUUAGUGGUUAUGUUGAAAUCGACACUUCUUGGGCUGGAUUUGAAAGAAUGCUGAGAGGAAGGUUUCAGGGCGAUUAUCUUGGCUUGAACAUGGAGUUUGCUUUCCUGGGUCACAGCAUUGAGACUCUUAUAGAGGUAGAGGCGGAAGCCAAACAACCAACCGAUGUGAGAAUCAGUGCCUUAACCAGUGGGUUUGAUGAGGAGAUUUCACUAUAUGAUGGCAAAUUUUGUGGAAGUGGGUCAAUGUUCAAGCAUUUUGUGGCUGUGAAGAAGCAAGAGGAGUUGCACGUUGUUUUAAAAAUGGAUGGCUCGCCAUAUAAAUGGACUUUCAAGGCUGGAGCUGGAGUUGCUGCAGCACCUGAGCAUCCAGUUCCGGGCUUUACUCAGUAUUUUGUCAUGAAUGUGUCCUUUAGAACAAGGGGCAAAACAGCAUCAACUUGGCAAUGGAGUUGCAUCUCCAACAACGUCUGUAUAUCGGAAAUAGAUCCGUAAGCUAGCAGGGUGCGAUAAGGUGCAGAAAACGUAGCUUUCUGUGGGAACUUUACAGGUGGAAAUAACAAAGAUCUCUAAAUUUCGGUGAAUGGUCCCCUGCUGUUUCUAUCUA